AAACCCAUGAGCAUCCAUCCACGCCACACCACACACAGCCCGCCGCGGGCUACCAUGCGUACACAGACGGCAAUGCCGACCACCCUCCUCUUCCUCGCGCUGCUCCUCGUCCCGCACCUCGCCGCCGCAGCAUCCACGCCCGGCCACCAGCGCCGGCUGCUCCAGAGCCACGGCGCCGACGACGGCAGCGACGUCUUCGUCGACCCGUCCUACGCCUUCGCCAACCCGCGCCUCCGCGACGCCUACGUCGGGCUGCAGGCCUGGAAGCGCGCCAUCCUCUCCGACCCGCGCAACCUCACCGCCUCCUGGUCCGGCCCCGACGUCUGCUCCUACUACGGCGUCUUCUGCGCGCCGUCCCAGGCGGACCACUACCUCACCGUCGUCGCCGCCGUCGACCUCAACCACGCCGACCUCGCCGGCCACCUCCCGGAGGCGCUCGGCAGGCUCGCCGACCUCUCCGUCUUCCACGUCAACUCCAACCGCUUCUGCGGCCUCGUGCCGGCCUCCUUCCACGCCAUGCACCUCCUCCACGAGCUCGACCUCAGCAACAACCGCCUCGUCGGCGCCUUCCCCGACGUCGUGCUCCGCCUGCGCAGCCUCAGGUACCUCGACCUCCGCUACAACGAGUUCGAGGGCCCCGUGCCCAAAGAGCUCUUCGACCUCCCGCUCGACGCCAUCUUCAUCAACUCCAACCGCUUCCGCUUCCAGAUCCCCGACAACGUCGGCAACUCGCCGGCCUCCGUCCUCGUGCUCGCCAACAACGACUUCGGCGGCUGCCUCCCGGCCUCCGUCGCCAACAUGUCCGGCACGCUCAAUGAGAUCAUACUCAUGAACACCGGGCUCAAGUCCUGCGUCCCCCCGGAGCUCGGCAUGCUCACCGCCCUCACCGUGCUCGACGUCAGCCACAACCAGCUCAUGGGCGCCAUCCCCGCCGAGCUCGCCAACCUCCACAGCAUCGAGCAGCUCGACCUUGGUCACAACCGCCUCACCGGCGACGUGCCGGAGGGGAUCUGCCACCUGCCGCAUCUCCAGAACUUCACCUACUCCUACAACUACAUCACCGGCGAGCCGCCGGUGUGCAUGCACGUCAAGGCAUUGGACGAUCGCCGGAACUGCAUCCCGAACCGCCCUGACCAGAGGUCAACCGAACAGUGCCAAUUCUUCAACAGCAACCAUGUCAACUGCGACGCCUUCAGGUGCAAGAAGUUCGUGCUGCCGUCGCCGCCACCUCCUCCGCCUUCACCACCGCCACCAACCCCGUCUCCUCCGCCACCUUCACCACCGCCGCCGUCGCCUCCUCCACCAACCCCGUCUCCUCCACCACCUUCACCUCCACCCCCGUCUCCAUCACCCCCACCUCCGUACUACGAGGUCUCACCUGAGGAACGGUACCUUUCGCCGCCACCUCCAGCGUACCAAGAGCCGACAACGCCUCCCCACUACGAGGUGCCAGCUCCCUACUACGAGGUGUCACCGGAGGACCGGUACCACUCACCGCCACCCGCAGCUUACCAAGAGUCUCCACCUCCGCCCUACUACAAGGUGUCACCAGAGGACCGGUACCUGUCGCCGCCACCUCCAGAGUACGAAGAGCCGACAACACCGCCCCACUACGACCUACCAGCGCCGCCCAACUACGAGGUGUCACCGGAGGACCGGCACCUCUCGCCGCCACCACCGACGACGUGGAAGCUGCCGGCGUACGACUACUCGUCGCCGCCUCCACCGGCUGCCGGGCAGCCAUGAAGUUGAUUCUUUUCGGGAUUUUUUUCAUACAUUCUGAUCAUAUACGAGUUUGCUGUGGUGAAACAAUGCCGUUAAUAUCCUUGGUGUGUUCUUCUUCUUCUUCUUCUUCUUCUUCAUUCUUCUCUACUCCCAUUAUUAAUUUGUUCUUGUUUUUAAUUUGUGAAUGAAAUAUAGAAGAUGGAUUCGAUAA